AUGAUGUUCAAGGAUGGCAUUCCAGAGUUGGAUGUCCCAGGCAUAGAACCUUUGAGUUUGGGUCAAAUUGCUCUUGCACGUGGUCCGCAAGGUGCCAAGCUGACUGCAGUCGUGAAUGACGUAAAAGUGCAAGGUCCAAGCAACUUUAUCAUCGAAGAGCUAAAGUCUGAUUUGGACAACAAUCGUUUCGAUUUCAAACUUCUGUUGCCAAAAUUAGAAUUUAAUGGCAAAUAUAAGAUGGACAUUCAAGUCUUGCUGCUGCGGCUUCAAGGGAGAGGCAAUAUCACGGGAUCAUUUAAGGACUACGCAUGUAACGUUACCAUGAGAGGGCAUAAAGAAAAACGCGGGGGUGAUGAAUAUUUGACAUUUGAUCCAUUUAAGGUCAAACUUCAUGUGGGGGAAUCAUCAAUUUACUUAACUAACCUCUUCGACGGUGAUCCAGUAUUAGGCCCCGCCACGAACAGGGUAAUUAACGAAAACUCUCAAGUCUUUCUACAAGAAAUAAGUCCGGUCCUGGAACGCAGCCUUGGAGAACUAUUUACAGAAAUGGCAAAUAAAAUUACAUCUAAGUUUACAUAUAAAGAACUAUUUCCUUAA